AUGACCAUUACCUCUGUGCAGACGAUCCUUCCGGGACGUUUCGCAAUCGAUGCUUCAGAUAAAGCUGGUCCGAAGCCUCCUCCAGAGCUCUACACCGUCCAGGAUCACCCGUUCAAGGGAUUCCAUCCGCCGCAGCCGGAAGGGUACGAGGAGAGCAAGUCGAGGAGCGGCAACAACGCUAUCGUCAUUGACAAUGGUUCGCAUACAGUCAAGGCGGGCUGGUCUUUCGACACGUCACCGCGUUUUGUCCUCCCCCCUGUGAUGAGCCGGUUUCGUGACCGAAAAUUAAACAAAGCCUGCCAAUUCAUCGGCUACGACGCCUACGUCGAUGCGACCACGCGAGGUCAGCUGCGGUAUGCCUUUGAUCCGGGCACCAGCGUGGUCGGGAACUGGGACGUGAUGGAGGGUGUAUUGGACUACCUGUUCAUCAAGCUCGGGGUGGAUGGAGCCAAUGGUGGCGUGGAUCGGCCGAUUAUCAUGACUGAGCCUAUUGCAAACUUGAGCUAUCCAAGGCGAAUGAUGAACGAGAUCUUGUUUGAGUGCUACUCGGCGCCGUCGGUCGCGUACGGUAUUGACUCACUGUUUUCCUAUCGCUAUAACCGCGGGACGAGCGGCUUGGUCGUUUCAUCAUCGCAUACGUCUACACACGUGAUACCAGUCCUUAACAACAAGGCACUGUUGACAAGCUGCUCACGGCUGAACUGGGGAGGCAUGCAAGCCUCGGAGUAUUUGCUGAAGCUGAUGAGGUUGAAGUACCCCACAUUUCCUGUCAAGAUGACCGAGAGCCAGAUGGAGGGCCUCUUACACCAGCACUGUUAUGUCUCAACGGAGUACGACAAGGAGCUAAGCACGUAUCUGGACUGGACAGGCCUGGAGGAUCGUGAUAGGGUGGUUCAAUACCCAUUCACAGAGCACAUCGUGCCUGAGAAGACGGAGGAAGAGCUGGCGCGCAUUGCUGAGAGGAAGAAAGAGAGUGGUCGGCGUUUACAGGAACAGGCCGCGAAGAUGCGACUCGAGAAGCUCAUGAAAAAAGAGCAGGAACUCGAAUAUUGGAAGGAUCUACAGCGUGGCCUCGCUACUGAAUCGAAAAAGGAAGUCCGCCGGAUUCUGGAAGCCGAUGACCUCAAGGACGAAGCACAUCUCGACAGAGUGAUCCGAGACCUUGAACGCUCAAUCAAACGAUCAAGAAACAAAGAUCUUGGGGUUGAGGAGACGGAGGAGCCCGCUGAAGAUAUGUCAUUCCCCCUGUUGGAUAUUCCCGACGAAGAGCUCGAUGAAGCCACGCUCAAGGAAAAGCGCCACCAACGCUUGAUGAAGUCGAACAUCGAGGCUCGGCAGCGCGCAAAGGAGGAGAAAAUACGAGAAAAGGCGCGCCGUGAGGAGGAGGAGCGUCUAGACCGUGAAAAGCGAGAGAACGACUUCGAGGCCUGGGUUGCCGAAAGACGAGUCGCCCGCCAGAACCUGAUGCAACGCAUCAAAGAAAAGGAAAGGCUCAAAGCCGACCUGGGCAACCGCAAGUCGCUAGCGAGCCAGAUGCGCAUGAAGACGCUGGCCAACCUCGCCGCUGACGGCCCCAAGAAGCGCAGGAGAGGCGGUGACGAUGACAACUUCGGCGCCAACGAUGAAGACUGGGGAGUGUACCGCACCGUGGCAGUCGGGGAACAAAGCGAUGAUGAAGAAGAGGAAGACCUGGGCGGCAUGCUGAACUCUGUCGAGAAGGAGCUCCUCGAGUACGACCCUGAGUUUACAGAGAACCACACCCUGGCUGCGCAGUCCGACUGGACCAAGAGCCUUGUCCACGCAUUUCUGCGCGGGCCGUGGCCCUUCGAUCCCGAGAGCCAGCGCGAGGCCCAUCAAAUCCAUCUGAAUGUCGAGCGCAUCCGGGUCCCUGAGGUGGUCUUCCAGCCGUCCAUCGCGGGCAUCGACCAGGCCGGCCUCCUCGAGGUGGCCGCGGACAUUGUCAACCAGCGCUUCUCGAAUCCGACAGACCGACAGAGCCUGCUGAAAGACGUGUUCCUGGCCGGUGGUAACACCGUCUUCCAGGGCUUCGACGAACGUUUCCGUAACGAAUUCCGAGGCUUCCUGCCUCUCGAGGCCAAGCUGGCCGUUCGCCGGGCAGCCGACCCGAUCUUAGACGCCUGGAAAGGUGCCGCCCAGUGGGCGUCGACUGUUGACUAUGCCAAGUCCUCCGUCACGCGAGAGGAAUACUUGGAGAAAGGCAGCGACUAUAUCAAGGAACAUGACCUCGGCAAUAUCUCUUCAUUCUGA